AUGGCCGGCCACACCCGCAGGCCAAAUUAUAACAUGCACUUUCUCAACGGUAUCAACAGCGUCUCGCCUGAUAGGGUGGAGACGCUUAACAACGACUACCGCAAAGGCGACAAGUAUCACUGCUGGGAAUUGGCAGACUUCGAAGUCGACGAGUCGAACCUUCUAUGCUUACAAGAUAUUUGA